AUGCCACUCCAAGGGAAGAAGAAAAAACUCAUGGACGAGACCUACGGAGGCGGAAGUCGACCACAUCGGGCCAGAGUUCGAAGGGCAUGGGAUGACCAGUUCAAGGGGUUUCCCACCAAGCCUCUGGUGUUGAUGUUCACGGUCGGGGGGAUGACCUACAAGCAAGCGGCAGCGAAAACAGGUGAAUACUUCGCGAUCGGCGUUUACGUAGCGCACCCGCAAUCCCGCGGCAGUAUCCACAUCACCGUUCCGAGUAUAGAUGAUAAACUCGACUUCGUCACAGGCUUCCUAUCCGACGAGCACGAAAACGACAUAAAAUUUCGCUUCUACACCCACUGCAUCCUACCCAGCCGGACCCGCCGACAAAGCGCCGUGGCCGAGACCCAGUACGCACCCGAAGACGACGCGCCGAUCGAGAAAUGGGUGCGCGAGCAUGUUACUGCAUGCUGGCAAGGGCUGGGCACCUGCAAAAUGGCACCAGAAGAGAACAUGGGGGUCGUUGAUGAGAACUUGAGCGUGUAUGGCGUACAGGAGUUGAAGAUUGCGGACCUUGGUAUUGCGCCAGUCAACGUGUCGGCGAAUAGGAUGAAUACGGCGCUGGUGAUUGGGGAGAAGGCUGCCGAUAUCUUCACACGGGACUGGGUCUGCAGCCGAGCGAGGCCUAGACACGACGACGCGAUGAGGAGCCCGGUGCAGUAUUUGUCGGUGGUUCUUGAAUUUGAUGCCUGUCCUGAUUCUACUUGCUGCUACGUCUGA